GUAAGAUCGAAUAUUAACUGCUGAGCUCUGAUUCUGAGUAACUUUCAACGAAAGCUAAUUUACUCUAAAUCUAAAUCCUGGUAUAUAUACUGAGUUAUUGAUAUCAAGAGCUCCCUGAAUAUGUAUUAUUAUGCUGCGGUUUUGAUCACACAGUAGAAGUCCCUUCAUUAGACUUCAUAAAUCUCACAUUAAUUAUGAUCAUGAAUGGACUCAGCUAAUAGUGCAGCAAUAAGGAGCUUCUGUGACAGAGCUAGCAAGAUAGACAGCAUGUCCUGGAGGUCUAGGUCUGGAAUGCAAAGAAAUGUAGGUCAAGGCUAUGAUGGAGCUGCUGUCAUGGAAGGAUCUUUUAAGGGCGUCCAAGCUUUGAUAAGAAAACAGUAUCCAGAAGCUCUUUACGUCCAUUGUUGCUCUCACUCGUUGAACCUUGCUCUUCGUCACUCUUACUUACAGAGUGUAAGAAACUGUAUUGGCAAGGUCAGAUCUGUGGUAGUUUUUUUCAAAAAUUCCCCUAAAAGAAUGACAUCACUGAGAGAUGAAAUCAAAACAGAAAACCCAGGCUCACGAUGGAAAACUCUAGCAUCGAUGUGUGAAACCAGUGAGAGAGCGGAAUGGUUACUAUCAUUGCGAAAUCCAUCAUCACAACCGAAUCGAGAAAAUAUACCGAAUAUUCGAAUAGAUGAAGUGAAGAAGAACUUGUUUUCGAAUGAUUCCAAUUCCGAAGCAGGUAUAUACACUGUGGAAACGGAAAACUCUGGUAAUAUAACCGAUGAUGCUACCAAGAAAACUCUUGAGGCUAAUGCUCGUUCAACUAAUAAUAAAAGUGAUAAUAAAGAACAGCAUCAUGUGGAUGACGAUUCAAACCACGGUGAACAACUCAGAGUACAACAUGCUAACUUGGUGGAUGAGGCCAGUACGCUAAGACAAGUUGUCAAGGCGGAAAUUCUAAGUCACAUAAAACGUCUCAACAAAAAAGAUCAACGGAAAUUCAUUCAAUCAUCCGGAGACCAUGACUUCAUUGCCAAAUUAGAUCAAAUGGAUAAUGUGGAGAAAUCCCUCAAAAUUAAAAUACCUAACAACGUGAAGUUGAAUUUAGAACUAUCUGGAUAUGGUAAUAGUGUAACAUUGGCGGAUAUAAGUGACAAAGACAUUAAGGAUAUUGAAUUAUUUGCAAGGACAGAUCUGAAGGAAUUAAUUCCUGAUUGGAAUGAGUAUUUUGGAAAAAUUAGAAAAGAGAACAAUUCAGAUAUCAGUACACCAUUUUUGAGAGCAGCUAAUGCUCGUUCAACUAAUAAUAAAAGUGAUAAUAAAGAACAGCAUCAUGUGGAUGACGAUUCAAACCACGGUGAACAACUCAGAGUACAACAUGCUAACUUGGUGGAUGAGGCCAGUACGCUAAGACAAGUUGUCAAGGCGGAAAUUCUAAGUCACAUAAAACGUCUCAACAAAAAAGAUCAACGGAAAUUCAUUCAAUCAUCCGGAGACCAUGACUUCAUUGCCAAAUUAGAUCAAAUGGAUAAUGUGGAGAAAUUCCUCAAAUUUAAAAUACCUAACAACGUGAAGUUGAAUUUAGAACUAUCUGGAUAUGGUAAUAGUGUAACAUUGGCGGAUAUAAGUGACAAAGACAUUAAGGAUAUUGAAUUAUUUGCAAGGACAGAUCUGAAGGAAUUAGUUCCUAAUUGGAAUGAGUAUUUUGGAGUAUUCGAGGAGGAAACAGACUUAUUCCGUUUUUUUCCUGGGGAAAAAGUUCUCAUAUAUAAAAUGAUAGUUUGUUCAUAA